AGAGCGAGAGGGACACAAUGCUGUCACCGUUCCAGCCUCCGCGAGAUCUGCUCCUCGCGCUCCCCCUGCCCCUCCCUGGCGCGCCCCGCCACGCCUGAUCCACCCCUCGAGCGCGGCCUCCGAAGUCCCCCGGCGAUGGUCGUGUGCAAAUGCCGCAAGGCGACGAGGGUUUACUGCUUCGUCCACCGGGUCCCUGUCUGUGGCGAGUGCAUAUGCUUCCCGGAGCAUCAGCUGUGCGUGGUAAAAAACUAUGCUGAAUGGGUUGUUAAUCCGGAUUAUGACUGGCCACAACACUGUUCAUCUUGCAAUUCAGUUCUGGAAGCUGCAAAUGAAGAAACCACACGAUUGGGAUGCUUACAUUUGAUGCACACAAAAUGCUUGAUAUCACAUAUCCAAAGUUUUCCAACCCAAACAGCACCAGCUGGAUAUGUCUGCCCCUCAUGUUCCACGCCUAUAUGGCCACCAUCAAGCAUUAAAGAUACAGGUUCUCACCUUCACGCAAAACUGAAAGAAGCAAUAGUCCAGACUGGAUUGGAGAAGAAUGUAUUUGGAAAUCAUUUUGUGACAAUAUCUAAAGCUGAUACUCGGACCCCUCCUGCUUUUGCAUCAGAUCCUCUUAAACGUUUAUCCAGUUCUGGUGAUAGAGAAUCGAAUGGUGCAAACAUAAUUAGCUCAGCUCAAGAUGUGUCUUUGCCAUCAACAUUGCAUUCUGGAAUGUACUCUUCUGCUAGUGUAGAAUCUGGGACACCUAUCCAUGUUGAACCAGAAAUUGUUGAAAUAGAGGGUCCUAGUCCAGUGAUAACACAAUUCCCAGAACAGGAGUCCAACUUCAUCAGAAGUCCGAGCCCACAUGGGCCUGGUGCCAUGACAAGAAAAGGUGCUACCAUCGUUGAUAGACAAAAUUCAGAGAUUUCUUAUUAUGCUGAUGAUGAAGAUGGAAAUCGCAAAAAGUAUACCAAAAGGGGUACAUUUCGUCAUAGAUUUCUAAGGAUGCUGCUGCCUUUCUGGUCUAGUGCACUGCCAACACUACCAGUCACAGCACCUUCAAAAAAGGAGAGUGAUGGCCUAGAGGGUCGCCCCCGGCAGAGAUCAUCAAGAAUGGAUCCCACGAAGAUUUUACUUGCAAUGGCUAUAUUGGCAUGUAUAGCAACGAUGGGAAUUCUCUAUUACCGGUUGUCCCAGCGCAGUCUUUCUGAAAACUUCGUUGAGGAUGAGAUUCAGUAGCACUCUGAUAUUUUCGACCUUGCAAUCUUGUACUGCUCUGCUGCUGAUUUGACGGGUUUUACCCUCCUGUUUUUUCUUCUUUGCCCCUUUCUGUGGGCCUUUUUGGUGGUUUGAGGUGGGUAGUUGUUAGUUACAUAUAAGAGUUAUAGUUGACUGCUGCUAUAUUAUGAUUCGUGCUCAUAUUUAUGUAACUAUAAUGCCAUACAAUAUUGUAUUAUCUGCCUCUGAGGAGAAAUCAUAGAAAAUAUGCCAUCUACCCUUUGUUAUUUGAUGGGAACGGGAAAUAUUUAUCUAUUCAGGGACCAAAACUACUCAGUUUGUCCA